UUUGUCAAACAUAAUAUCAAAUUCAAGUACCUUCUGUAGUUUAUAAUGGCGGCCACUGAAAAUCUGAAUAGAGUGUCUUCGAGAAGUCAUUUAUCCAAAAGUUCCUCAGCAUCUCCUUCCAUUUCUCAAUCGGUGCYUGAGCAAAAUAAAAAAACCAAAUCUUCAAAAAGUWCUCAAAGUGUUUCGAAAAAUGGUUCUUUUGUYUCCGCCAGAAACGCCUCUUUGCAAUCGCAAGAAAGGGUAUCUAAAGCCGAUAAYGACAAAUCUAAAGGAGAUCGUUGUGAGCGCGGUCCUGAUUUAUACAGUCGUGUUUUGGGGCACACCGCCGAUGAGACUAUCCUAACAGGACUCCAGACGGUUAUUGACUUGUGCAACAAAUUAAGAGUUUGUGGAGACAGAGACGAAUCAGGCGACGAAGAACCUGAACGUGAACAGGAUGUUCCUGAAAGAGACACUCCAAGUGUGAUUUCGACAGGAUUUCAAAUCAAACCGUCUAUGACCACAGUCGCAUCCCAAACAUUUCCGUCAAAUUUGGUGUCUAACGUAAUGCAGACUUCAUAUGUCGAAAUUGCCGAACCUAAACCAACAAUGAAUACWCUAUUUAUUCAAACAUCAAAUACCACUCUAACAUCUGAUGCAAUUCAGACUAUAGAUCCUGGGCUAAAAUACGAGUUGGUGCAAACGAGUAGUGCGUUACUUCCAAUUAUAAAGUGCCCUGCAAUGACCUCAUGUCCGACUCAAGUUAAUACACUUACGUUUUGUGAAGGAACAGAAACCCCCGGUGASCAUUGCAUUGCACCACCUGAACCACCCCAAAAACGUAAAACCUGUAGAUGUUGUAAAUGUUCUGCAUCCACCAUAAUAAAAAAAAAGAAAACUGAAAACGGAAAACGGCCAUGUCAUUGCACUAAUAAAAAACUAUCCAAAUGUAGAUGUGGAAAACAAGAUUACGAAGUGGCUGAAAGUAAAGAACCAGAAGAAGUGAGAUAUGCCGUUACCAAAAUUUCGAAAUAUAAAGAAUACACGACUUUCGAAGUCAUGAGGUCGACUAAACACAAACCAAGGCAGAUACCUAAAGGUGUUGAAGGAGUUUUCGUCUUAAAAAAAAAGAAUGAGAAUUCGAAAAAUGAUCUGAAAAGUCGCAGUAAGUCCAAAAGUGAAAUAAACGGUUUGAAUGGUUUGAGGAACGAAGAUGAGGCAUCAAGACGGCAAAGUUUUGUCAGUGAGUACAGCAGAGGUGAAACUGAGUGAAGUCUAAAUUUUCUGCGAAUUUGUUAAAAUUAAAUAUUUUUGCAACACUUGUGAUGUCUGUUUAAUUUCGAGAAAAUAAAUU